AUGAGCAUAAAAUCGGUGCUGUUGUGCACUGUAAUGUACAGCAUCACACUGCAUGCGCAGCAGAGAAAGGCAUUCGUGAAUCCGCAAAGUCAGUGCCGCAUCAAAUGCCUGAACGGUGGAUUCUGUGCCUACCUGGUCGACAAUCCUGCUAUCCACACCUGCCUCUGCUUACUCAAUUUAUUCUAUGGUGACCGAUGCCAGUAUGCCGUAAUUGAUACAACAACUCCAUCGCUGACUACAACGGGACGCAAUUACGCUGGGGAAUUUGAAAAGCAGCAGCGAUAUGCAUCCCGACCUUCGGAACAAGUGCAGCUUCCGGAUGAUCAGGCUGUGAGGUACGAAGAAACCUCAUCCAGCGGACACAUUCAACUCCAGAAGAGCAAAGAACCUCAAGUGAUAACAUCUACGGAAGGCAUGAAAAAAGAAGAGGAGGAUUAUACAGAAGGCUGGGAUACUGGUGACGAUGAAGAAUAUGCAUACGAUCAAAACGAACCAUCAGAUUCAAGUAGUGAGCCAACAAAUCCAGCAUGGCUGAAGGAUCUAACAAAAGGCGAUAUGACCCAUGAGCUUCCGCAGCGGAUCUAUUCAAGCCGGAAAAACACCGAUCGAGCAGUAACCAGUCUCGGUGGGAGCAGCCAUAUGAAAAGUAACGAAGAGAUGCUGGUGCAGAGAACAUCGGAUGCCAACAACCAUCGAAGCCAGGAGCUGAUCCCGGAAGCCGAAUCCGAGGAUGACGGCUGGAUGAUGAGUAAACGACGGCGAGUUAUCACCAAUGGUGCUGAAACAGGACUAGCAGCCCCAUCAAUUUUUCUUGCCCUUUUGUUUGUUGUCAUGCCAUUGGUUAGGUGGCCCUAA